AUGGCUACCGGAGCUGCCAAUACCUCCACGCCAGACCUUGUUGGCUGGGUCGCGGGCCCGGAGACCCGCGGCACGCUUACGCUUGUCUGGAGCUGCGUGAUCACAAUCUUCGCCUGCACGUGGACUGUGCUUCACCUCAACGUACCCGCACGAGAUGAGCACUGGUUUCCAGUAUUGCUACGGAAAGUGAAGUGGAUGGCUAUCAAUAUCCUUUUUCCGGAGUUCAUUUUCGCGAAAGGCGUUUGCGAUUUGCGACUUGCGCUUGAGGAACUUCGUAAAUUUGAUGAGAGCGAACAAGAAAGGAAACCUACCAAUGAACAUCUUCUCUCCGAAUGGACCGCGGCUGGUACGGAUGGCGUCUAUUCUGCUGAAACCAAAUGGUCCUGGGAAUUUAAGUACACUCCAUGGGCGCGGUGGCUAUAUCAGCUACUACGACUAAAGCCUCCGCCUCAAAGCCCAGAUCAAAAGCCCUUUCCACCGCGUUUUUCGACAUUUGGUCCCUUCUUCCGUUCCAAGGCCAAGUCAUCUGAAACACGAAAUGAUACUGAAGCCCAAGAUCAUCCUCAUCUCUACGUCCGUGAGCUUGCAGCCAUUCCAACUUCCCCAUCGAACCCGGCGGAUGUCACGAGCGUCCAACAAGGCCGGGCAUCCGGGCAUAGCAAGUCUUUGAGAGCUUCUUCUACAGCUUCUCCAAUUGCACGCGAAGAACUAAGCGAAUCUCAACCACCAGAGGAAGCCAGGCAAUACACGGAUCGACGUGCAUAUGUUCAGCAAUGGACCGUAGUACACUCCUACUACGCCCAGAUGGGAGGAAUUCAGUACCACGACGUGUACAGUCAGGAUACUUAUUGGCGCUGUUUGACGGCAUCCAUGCUGACGACGCGAUGUAAAAUAGUAGGCGACACUACAGAACAUCUUUUCGAUCGCCUUAUCCUAGCGGAACAAGAUAUCAAAGAUAAGAGCAAGGCAGAUUGGGUUUUGAAAGGAAUCGCUGUUGCCCAGGUCUUAUGGCUCAUUUUGAGUAUAAUUGUCCGCAGCAUCCUGCAUCUUCCGAUUACCCAGCUUGAAAUUGCAACGAUUUCAUUUGCUACUAUGGCCAUCCUUAGCUAUAUGGUCAACUGGUGGAAACCAAAAGACGUUUCCCGAGCCACAGUCCUCCCACAGCCAGUUUGGUUUAUGCAUCAGAAUCCGGUAACCGAUCAACCAGCGGCCGAUGCACAAUCAUUCGUUUCACGGCUUUGGUCACCGAAAAAGGCGCGAAAGGAAGCUAAGGAACUCGAUACCAAACUACUAAGAGUUCCAAAUGAUCUCGUAUGGAUGAAUGGCGAAAGUCCACUUUUAUUCAUUCUGAUGGCUGUCUCCUCCCUUGGCUUUGGUGGUUUACAUUGCCUGGCCUGGAAUUUUGAGUUUCCUUCCACAGCCGAGCUACUUUGUUGGAGGAUUGCGAGCAUCCUCUCAGCCGCGUUACCUACGAUUACCUUGGCGAUCAGCCUUGUUCUUCAUUUUCUAGCUACUGACUACACGGACUUUCGGCUUGUAUCGAUACUUUUAGGUAAGCUCAAGCCUAUGGAAGGGCUUACGCCAGAUAUUUGGGAAUACAUACUGGAUCCUCAUUGGAGACAGUGGAGUUCUGCCGCGAAACGCUUCCUUUCAGAGAACCCGACCGGAUCGAGAAACUGGGAUGAGGAACCAUCCGUUGAGACAAUCGAGAAGUACGGAAGCCCCGAGUCUACAUAUAAGAACUUUUACUUUAUGAGCGAAUUCCCAUCGGCUUUGUUUGGAUUCUGGGAUAGCUGGCAAAGAGCUCGGAAAGAAACUCCGCCUGUAGCCCGCACCCUCUUGGAUCGAUGGGUGCAAAUUGGCGAUUGA